CUGAUUUAACCUAUAAAUGUAACUGUCAAAGUAAUGAUUGAUGUUAAAGUACAAAACACGAAUAAAAAUGUAAAUAGAUAAUAAUUUAGCACAGAUAUCUUUUUGUAACAAUAUGGUGUUGAUGUUACUUCCAUUAAUUACAAGAAAGGUUAAUUUAAACCAUAUUUAUAAGAAAAUGAGUUCCAAUACAGUUAGUCGAUUAUUAGGAAAAGUGGCUGUAGUAACUGCAUCGACUGAUGGAAUAGGUUACGCAAUAGCUCAAAAACUGGGACAUGAGGGGGCUAAAGUAGUUAUAUGCAGUAGAAAGCCAGAGAAUGUUUCGAAAGCCAUUACUAAGUUACAGAAAGAAUGUAUUGACGUUUCUGGAAUACCUUGCAAUGUUUCAAAAGCAGAGGAAAGAAGUAAACUUAUUGAUGAAGCUGUAAAAAAAUAUGGAAAAAUUGAUAUACUUGUAUGCAAUGCAGGUACAAAUUUAUGCUUUGGUCCUUUAUUUGAAUGCAAAGAAAAGGCAUGGGAUAAAAUAUUUGAACUUAAUGUUAAAUCUACUUUUUUUCUAAUCCAAGAAAUUUUGCCACACUUAAAAAAAUCUGGCAAUGGGAGGAUAGUUAUAGUGUCUUCAAUUGCUGGCUAUGUGNAUUACAUCAUCCAUAUACUUUUUUUAAAUAGAUUUGGUGAAUCGUCUGAAGUAGCUGCAACUGUGGCAUUUCUAGCUUCUAAUGACGCUAGUUAUAUUACUGGAGAAACAAUUGUUGUUGCAGGUGGAAUGCCAUCUAGAUUAUAAAUAUACCUAUUAAAAAAAAGUGUUGGUGGCAUUUAGUAACUUUCAGGGAACGUAUUGAAAAUUGUCUUAGUAGG